GUAUAUUAUUACAAUGCUCGGACCCGAGAGUCUGCUUGGUCAAAGCCAGAGGGUGUAAAGAUAAUCCAACAAUCUGAACUGACGCCGGUCAUGGCCUCACAAGUGAUCACUACGACAUCGACGCCUAUUGGUAGCACGACAGCCCCAUCAGUCUCAACACCAGCGUCGUCUAUUCAGUCAACCACACCAGCCUCUUCUAGUACACCUGCAUCGGUUGUUACGGUUUCAGCAGCAGGUGCAGAUCAUAUGCGAUUAAGUGCUCCAACUUACUCAGCAUUAAAAGUGUUUGGAAAAAGUAUGAGGAGUGUGUCAAGUGACGGUGCCAGCUUUACUUUUCCACUGGUAUCUGCAGCUCCCGAUCAGCCUCCACCUGCUGUCUCAGUCGCUAACCCAACACCCGUCUCUGUAGCCGUGACUACCAGUGCGACGCAGCAGCCAGUACCGCAGUCUGUGCCACAGGCCAUGCCCCCACCUGUACCACAGCCUGUGCCACAGCCAGCCACAGCAAUCCCAGCCUUUCCACCAGUGAUGGUGCCACCAUUCCGUGUGCCAUUGCCAGGCAUGCCAAUUCCAUUGCCAGGUGUAGCAAUGAUGCAAAUAGUCAGCUGCCCGUAUGUAAAGACAGUCACUACCGCCAAGAAUGGUAUGCUACCCGGAAUGGCCCCACCGAUGGUGCCCAUGUUGCCUCCACAGGUUACAAUUGCUUCUUCAGUUACCCUUCCUGGAGGUAUCCCAGGCUCCGAGUGGACAGAAUAUAAAACUGCCGAUGGGAAAACCUACUAUUAUAACAAUCGGACUUUGGAAUCCACCUGGGAGAAGCCACAGGAGCUCAAAGAGAAAG